CACGAGCCAGUUGCGUUGCCAACUGCCUGCUUGCUGCUCACCUCAUCAGCGGUCGUUCUCGUUGUGUGCCUGUGGCUGUGUACGUGCAAACUCCAUUCCAUGCACACAACCUUAAACAGCAGCACUCCAACAACAGGACAACCAAGAGCUGACGGCAGCAGACAGAAAGCAUAAGCUGUAACUAGUCUAUAGUUGACGUAGUAGAUUAGUGUAAAAGUGUGAAGAGAAGUUGCACGUUCCAUCAGUUUUUUGCUCCUGCGGAAGAAUUCACAUCGCACCACCAUCUCAGCAUCCGUCACCGUAGUGCUCCUCCAUGUUGUUCAGUAGCUAGGCGCUAGGCAACAUAAAGGAAAAUCGAUAAGCAACCUUGAAAUCGUCGCUGAAAAAUACCGAGUGUUGCUGCGGAGUUUAGUUCGUGGUGUCUCUUUGGUGGGAAGCAAAAUAAUUCGCCAUUUUCGUGCAUCGGUGCCUCCUUCUUCCUCGUUCGCUCGCCAUCGUCGUUCGUGGUUUUACGGAAUCAAAGGGAUUCCCGUGUCAAAUCAUCUAAAUUUGUGACCUGGUGCAAGUGCUCGCAAAAUGUGUAAAACGCCACUGACUGCAGAGGAAGAAAUAUCUGCCCACGGAAUCGUCAGCGAAAAGACUGCGUUUACGUCAUAUUUCUGUGCCCUUAUCAGUCGCUGAAUGGCUGCUGAAAAGUGUCCGAAAAUCCGUGAAGUGUUACACCGUCACCGUCGUCUACAACCUACGAACUGUCCAGCGUGACCCAAGCAGGGAGUCGUCGUCGUCGUCGUCGUGUUCGCUUCGAUUUGGAUUUUUUCUGUAUAUAAUGUACAUAUGCGAGCUUGAAAUCGUUUCCCUUCUCUAACAAUAAUAACAAAAGAGGAAUUCCUGCAUACUAAAAAAGAGAUAAAUCACGAGCACAGGAGGCCCAUCGUUUCGUUGAAAAUUGUCUAAUAAUAAUAGUAAUAAAAUCACAAAAUAUCAACACGCACACACAUCACAUCUAUAGAGCUCCAGUGGCGACAGAGAGAAAGCCAUCAUCGGACGAAGCAACUCUCGUCAGCAGACAUCGCACAACGUCAGUUGAAGGAGGACAUUGAACAAGAGAGCUGAGCAGUAGAAGAAGCUCAGUUACUGUGAAACAGGUGAAGAAGAUAAGGCAAAAUUGCGCCAAACGUAGAUAAGCAACAGCAGCAGAACAAAUCGUCGCCAGAAGAAAUGGCAUCGGCACUGAAGAACCCCGCGGCGUCGGCCGGAGGAAGUGCAGGCAAGUUCAGCUGGAUGGCCCACGUCAAGUACGAACAUCUGAUGGCCGGAGUUUUCGGUGGUGUAACGUCCACGCUAUUACUGCACCCGCUAGAUCUGAUCAAAAUUCGAUUCGCAGUAAACGAUGGUCGAACGGCAACGUUGCCGCAGUACCGAGGCCUCACCGGAGCAUUCCUCACCAUCUUCCGACAGGAGGGCUUCAAGGGUCUCUACAAGGGAGUCACACCGAACAUCUGGGGAUCGGGCAGCGCUUGGGGAUUUUACUUUUUGUUUUAUAACUCCAUCAAAACGUGGAUCCAAGAUGGUAAUUCUGCCCAGCCGUUGGGACCGGCCCUGCACAUGCUAGCGGCAGCCGAAGCUGGCGUCAUGACCCUGGUGAUGACCAACCCGAUUUGGGUGGUAAAGACGCGGCUGUGUUUGCAGCUAAACGAACCGGGUCAGAAGGGCUACGACGGAAUGGUGGACGGACUGAAGAAGAUCUACCGAACCGAGGGCGUCCGGGGGUUGUAUAGUGGAUUCGUACCCGGCAUGCUGGGAGUGUCACACGGGGCGCUUCAGUUUAUGACGUACGAAGAGAUGAAGAACCGGUACAACCAACACCGGAAGCGGCCCAUCGAUGCUAAGCUGACCACCGUAGAGUAUUUAACGUUCGCCGCCGUCUCGAAGUUGAUUGCUGCGGCUACCACUUACCCGUACCAGGUAAUACGGGCCCGUCUGCAAGAUCACAACCACAGCUACAAGGGCACCUGGGACUGCAUCAAGGUGACAUGGAGAUUUGAAUCGUGGCGUGGCUUCUAUAAAGGGCUCGGUCCGAACUUGUUGCGCGUUACGCCGGCGACGAUGAUUACGUUCGUUACGUACGAGAAUGUGUCGCGCUAUCUGUUGGCCGUCAAAAAGUCGUAGAUUAGGAAGAGGAGAUUCAUUAGCCAGUAAAAAAAAAAAAGAGAACCAGUUAGAACGUAGGUAGUCGCGGUGCAGCUUUAUCAAAAUUUUCUUAGUCAAUGUCGUCAUGGUUUCGCUCUUCUCGAUGCCGAGAAGACUUGGUGCCGAGCCAUGUCGCAUCCGGAAUCCGGAAGGAUGGUGUGAAACUAUGCUUUUGAAAAGCUUCACUCCCUUCCGAAGAAUUAGCUUAGAAUAACCAAAAUCUAGCUUAGCGUUUGUUUAAAACACACGAUCGUACGCGAUUGUUGGCAUUGGAUGCCUAGUUUCUAGAUUAGUAGACUUAAGUGAGGAUUUAGCGAGUGGAAUACGGCUUCUUCAGAAGCGCGCCUAUUUGGAGCGUUCGCUCUCGUUUCGAGAGCAGUCAUGUCAAAAGAGAUGAUUGGAUUGGAAUGAAUUCUUUUAUGCUAUUCAGUACACGUCAGUUUCUAUUACAAAA